AUGCUGUUUAGGUACUUCGUUCUCCUGGCCUCUGCCCUGCUCGCCCAGGCCCAUGAUGGACCAGGCUGUGGUACAGCACCCCCUAGCCCCGAGUUCCUGGCAGUGGGACGGCAACUCGCUGAGCGGGAGAAUAUCGCGCGCCAAGAUAACCGUAAUUCGAAGGCGAGGAGAACCAUAGAGGUGGACGUUUAUUUGCACACUGUCGCCACAUCGAGGGACAAACUAGUCAGCAUCACCACCCUCCACAGGCAGUUCGCCGUCCUCCUCAAAUCCUACCUACCGUACGGUAUAACCUUCCACCUCAAGGGCACCACCUCGACCAUCAACGAGAAAUGGUCCCGGGACGGGGACGAGAUGGGGAUGAAGCGCGCGCUGCGCUCCGGCGGCUACCGCGCCCUCAACAUCUACUACGUCGAGGACCUGCACGGCGACCUUGGGUACUGCUACUACCCGACCGACGCGGCCCAGGGCUCGGAGGACUUCUACCGCGACGGCUGCUCCGUCCUGUCGUCCACGGUGCCGGGGGGCUCGAUGGCCGACUUCCGCCUGGGCAAGACGUCCGUCCACGAGACGGGCCAUUGGUUCGGCCUCAUCCAUACCUUUGAGGGGGGUUGCGUCGGCGACAACGACCUGGUCGACGACACACCCGCGCAGGCGAGCGCGUCGGCUGGGUGUCCCAAGGGGAGGGAUUCAUGUCCUCUCAAGCCGGGGUUGGACCCGAUCCAUAAUUAUAUGGAUUACUCGUCAGAUGAGUGUUAUUCUGAGUUCACCAGCGGGCAGAUUGAUCGUAUUUAUAGCUUCUGGGACAAGUAUCGCAAAUAA